CUCAUACAGUAAAAACUUGAGUAGUGGAAAUUACAUUAUUAAGUACUUGUACAUAACCGGGGUAUUUCUAUGUUUCUGCUGCUCCACUUUAUUUUAAGCUGUAGUUAAAGUUCAGAUCAAUGUCAGUGAAAAGGGACUUGUAUUUAAAUAAAGCGAUUACUGAAGUACAGGAAGGUUUAAGGAGCUCACCAUGAGCCGGACGGGGACCAACGAUAGGCUGCUUCUCCUGCUGACCUUCAUCUCAGUCCAGCUCCCUCACUGCUCAGCAGGAGGGUCUGCUCGGACCUCCAACACCUCCCUCAGCAACAGCACAAACAAAUGUGGAGGAGCGAGCGCCUGCGUGGAAGGCGUCAUCCUGCCGGUGUGGGAACCCCGGGACCCCCCGUUCACCGACCGCAUGGCCAGAGCCACCAUCUACUUUGUGGGGCUGGCCUACAUGUUCCUGGGCGUCUCCAUCGUCGCCGACCGCUUCAUGUCGUCCAUCGAGGUCAUCACAUCGCAGGAGAGACAGAUCACCAUCAAGAAACCCAACGGGGAGAAGAUCACCACCACGGUGCGCGUCUGGAACGAAACCGUGUCCAACCUGACGCUCAUGGCCCUGGGCUCCUCGGCACCGGAGAUCCUCCUCUCGGUGGUGGAGGUGUGCGGUCAUGGCUUCAACGCCGGCCAGCUGGGCCCCAAUACCAUCGUGGGGAGUGCCGCCUUCAACAUGUUCGUCAUCAUUGGCCUCUGCGUGUCCGUCAUCCCGGAUGGGGAAACCAGGAAGGUGAAGCACCUCCGGGUGUUCUUCGUCACCGCCACCUGGAGCGUCUUUGCCUACAUCUGGCUCUACCUGAUCCUCGCCGUCUUCUCUCCGGGGGUCGUCCAGAUCUGGGAGGGGCUUCUCACGCUCGCAUUCUUCCCCCUCUGUGUCGGGUUCGCCUACGUGGCUGACCGCAGGCUCCUCUUCUACAAGUACAUGUACAAGCGCUACCGGGCCGGGAAGCGGAAAGGAGUGAUCAUCGAGACAGAGGGAGAGCCGGAUCUUCCGUCCAAGAUGGACGUGGAGAUGGACAGGAGAAUGCUGAACUCCCGAGGAGAGGAGUUUGAGUUCAAUGAGCUGGACGAGGAGGAGUCGCGCAAGGAGGUGGCUCGGAUCCUGAAGGAGCUGAAACAGAAACACCCAGACAAGGAGCUGGAGCACCUGAUGGAGCUCGCCAAUUACCAGGUUUUAACCCAGCAGCAGAAGAGUCGGGCUUUCUACCGCUGUCAGGCCACCAGGAUCAUGACGGGGGCAGGGAACAUCCUGAAGAGACACGCUGCCGACCAGGCCAAGAGGGUCCACCAGCACGACAUCUGCUCCGAGGUUGCCGCCAAUGACUUCUCCGCCAAGCUGUUCUUCGACCCUGGGACCUACCAGUGUCUGGAGAACUGCGGGAGCGUGGCUCUGAAUGUGAUGCGCCGCGGUGGAGAUCCCAUGACCACCGUCUGCGUGGAUUACCGCACCGAAGACGGGACAGCGAACGCCGGCUCAGAUUACAGAUUCACCGAAGGGACUAUCGUGUUCAAACCCGGGGAGACGGAGAGGGAGAUCCGCAUCGAGAUCAUCGACGACGAUAUCUUCGAGGAGGACGAACACUUCCUGGUUCACCUCAGCAACGUGAGGGUGCUGUUGCGGGGCGACGAGGGCGAGACCAACCACGUGGACGCCCUCGCUGGUCUGGGUCUGCCGUGCACGGCCACCGUCACCAUCUUCGACGACGACCACGCCGGUAUCUUUACAUUCGAGGAGCCGGCGCUCACCAUCAGCGAGAGCGUCGGUAUGAUGGAGGUGAAGGUGAUCCGGACGUCGGGAGCUCGCGGCGUCGUGAUGGUGCCGUACAAAACAACGGAGGGCACGGCGAAGGGUGGAGGCGAGGACUUCGAAGAUACCCACGGAGUCCUGGAGUUCGAGAACGAUGAGAUCUUUAAAACUAUCCGCAUCAAUAUAAUAGACGAUGAAGAGUAUGAGAAAAACAAGAGCUUCUUCCUGCAGAUGGGGGACCCUCAGCUGCUGGAGAUGAGUGAGCGGAAAGCUGUGUUGCUUCAGGAAGUUGGGGGAUUUGUCAAAACAGGUGUUCCUAAAGAGAUAACACGUAGAAUAACGAAGCAUUUUGAUGUCCCGGUGAACCUCGAAUCCAUCUCCAUCUCUCACUUCCUGUUUACCUGCUCAGGUAAAGACGUGUACAGGAAGGUCCAGGGCCGCGAUCACCCCGUUCCGACCGCGAUCAUCAACAUCACAGGGGACGGGGGGGAGCAGCUCCUGACGAAGAAGGAGGAAGAGGAGAGGAGGAUUGCUGAGAUGGGCCGGCCGAUGCUGGGCGAGCACGCCAAACUGGAGGUCGUCAUCGAGGAGUCGUACGAGUUCAAGAACACUGUGGAUAAGAUCCUGAAGAAGACCAACCUGGCUCUGGUGAUCGGGACGAACAGCUGGAGGGAGCAGUUUGUGGAAGCCAUCACAGUCAGCUCUGGUGAUGAUGAUGACGAUGAGGAGAAGCUGCCCUCCUGCUUUGACUACGUGAUGCACUUCCUCACCGUCUUCUGGAAGGUUCUGUUUGCGCUGGUUCCUCCCACCGACUACCUGAACGGCUGGGCCUGCUUCGUGGUCUCCAUCUCCGGCAUCGGCCUGCUGACGGCCGUCAUCGGCGACCUGGCGUCGCACUUCGGCUGCACUGUGGGCCUCAAGGACUCCGUCACCGCCGUGGUGUUUGUGGCUCUGGGAACAUCGGUCCCAGACACCUUUGCCAGUAAGGUGGCCGCCAUCCAAGACCAAUACGCCGACGCCUCCAUUGGCAACGUGACAGGAAGUAACGCGGUCAACGUGUUCCUGGGUAUCGGCGUGGCCUGGUCCAUUGCCGCCAUCUACCACGCCAUCCACGGCGAGGAGUUCCGCGUUGACCCGGGAACGCUUGCCUUCUCCGUCACGCUCUUCACCAUCUUCGCCUUCAUCUGCAUCGCCGUCCUUAUCUACCGCCGCCGGCCCUCCAUCGGGGGGGAGCUAGGCGGGCCCCGCAUCCCCAAGAUCCUGACCAGCGGCCUGUUCUUCAGCCUGUGGCUCCUGUACAUCGUGUUCUCCUCGCUGGAGGCCUACUGCCACGUCCAGGGGUUCUAACACCCUGCUCAACAACGGUUCCUGAGGAACUGCUCUGAUGGAGCUCCCAAUGGGUUUCAAAGGGUUCUAUUGGGUUCCAAAGGGUUCUUUCAAGGUUUCAAGGUUUUAUUGGUCAUAUGCACAGCAUAUACAACGUAUAUGUUGGCAAUGAAAAUCUUAUGUCCCAUGCUCCUCGUUCUUUAUGGUUCAAAUGGGUAAUAAAGGUUCUAAUGGGUUCCAUUGGCUUCCAAUCGGUUCCAAAGGUUCUAAACGGUUCCUACGAAUUUCAAUAGGUUUCAAAGGGUUCAACUGGUUCUAAUGGGUUGCAUUGGGUACCAAAGGGUAAUAAUGAGUUCUGAUUGGGUUCUGCUUGUGCUGGAAAGCUACUAAGUACUCUACUGAGUAAAAUUAUGAAGUACUGGUACUUUACCUGAGUAUUUCCCUUUACACUGUUUUAAAAGUUGAGUACGUUAAAAUGAGAACGCUGUAUUCUGCUGCGUUUACUCUGAAGCACUUCCUCGGUGUGUCACAGCGCUUCUCUGGAGGUUACAGUGCAGUUCCUCUAAAGUUUCAGGGACUACAGGUAAAUGAUCCAAGAUAUUCCUCAAAGUAAAGAAAGUCGUUAACAUGAGUCAAUAAUGUUUUCAUUGUGUAAUAAAUAUAUCAUGGAGCCGUUUCACUGCCGGAUGAGGACUUUUAAAUGUCAUACUUUAAGUACAUUUUGUAGACACGACUUUUGUACUUUAGGAAAGUUAGUAACGUGCUUGUGAAGGCAGUGAGUUGCCUAUGAACAGCUGUGUUGGUCUUUUAUAAACUAAAUGAAGAUCUCUUGACAGUCUGUUUGGCUGAACAGGUGAUAUUAAUACUUUAGAUUUGUUUCUAUUUAAUCCGGUUUGGUUUCCCUCAUGAUGGACUUCCUUUAUCAUGUUCUGUAUGUUCUCUGUUCAAACGUCUCCAGAAGCAGAGUCAGUCGACCCCCUCUCAUCCAUCUCAACUGUAAUAAAGGAAGUCUUUAACCCUCUCUCUGGCUCACUUCCUGCAGCCCAGGUGGAUCAUGUACUGACGGACUGACUGAAAUCAGUAGCUCCCUUUACAGGUUCAAACAUCUUCAGGGGGCUUGAAGCUCCAAAGACUCCUUCAGGACUCCAAACUUCUCUGUGAAUGUCUCCAUUUUUUGGACCUUUGUCUGUCUGCCUCUGAGACAGGACUCAUCCUCACAUACCUCUGGAACAGUAACGGGCAUCAUGACUGCUUCCUCUGUACCUUUCAGUGUUUCCCUUUAUGUCCCGAGCCGCCGCAGCGAGGCGGGUCACGCUGUCUGAGCCUUCAGGGCUUCCAGGUCUGAGCGCCUGGAGCCGGAGGGAUGCUCCUCAUAUCUGUACUGAGUUUGAGAUGUAGUUAGAUUUAAUAUAUAUAAGUUAGGAAGCGCAGGAGGAUCCAGACAGUUUAAGGUCUGUACCGGUCACAUGAACUCUUCAAACAGAGACUCUUCACUGGGGGGGGGGGGGCCUGAGCCGGGGGAUACAAAAUGUUUGAGAUAAUAUAAGUGUGUGUGUGAAUGUGUGCAUACACAAAGGAAGAGACACGUCAAUCAUGAUGUUCUGUAAUGUGAUUGGUUGUUCAGAAACAGGGCAGCUUCUCCUCCUGUCCCUGGUCUGGAGGUCAAUGGUUUCUGGAUGUGUUUUUGGUUGUCGUGGUUACACAGGCUGAGGAGACAUAAAGUACGCCAGUGAAUACCCCGCUGGUUUCAUAAAUCUUCUGCAAUAAUCCAGAACCACAUGGAGACAUCCCAUUGGACCAGGAAGAUGCUGCCUUAAGGGUCACACACAGGACAACCCACCCCCCCACCCACCCCCCCGCAGCUCUGUACUGCAUGAUGUGAACCUGAGAGCUGUUGCAUGUUAUCUGACAGCAUAAUGCAGUGUGUUUCCUUCCGAUAUUAAAGAACAGUGAUUGGCG